CAUUGAAGAUUUGAACCUAAGUACUGUGCAUUCGAUCUUUUUUCUUGAUCGGUAAUUAAAGAAACUGUGUAAUCACUAUUGAAAAGUAGACUACUGAACUUUUUCAAUUCAUUUUUCGUUAUCGGCGCGCAUGAUAGAGGAAGACCAGGCUCCCGCCAAAUAUAACACCUACCAGAAGAAGACCAACCAAAAUUCAAAUCUGAGCGACCAUUAUCAUCAUUAUAUGGACCCAACUGCUAAAAUCAUUAAAGCUCUGGAAAACAACACAACAAAUCCAUCACUCUCAUGGAAACUCUUCAAAUACUUAAUCUCAUCUCCUUCUUCCAUCAAAUUUUCAUUUCAUUUUGUAAUACCAACCAUCACCCAAAUCCUUAUUCGUGCCGAAAUGUUUCAAGAAAUGGAUCAAUUACAUAAACUCCUUCUCCAUCUGCCUCCCGAUGUAUGCCGGCUAUCUCUUAUUUCUCUUACCCAAACAACAGCUAGAUCUGGUCUUUUAGAUAAGGCUUUAUCUCUAUUUCAAUCUCUUAGAAGGAAUUUUCCAACUGAACCACCUUCUAUACGUUUGUACAAUGUACUUAUUGAAUCUUCGGUUAAGUUAAAUCAAUCAGGAAAUGUUUCUGACUUGUAUAAAGAUAUGCUUGUUGCUGGAGUUCCUCCGGAAACUUAUACUUUUAAUCUUUUGAUUUCGUUAUUUUGUGAUUUGGGUCGUCUGGAAAAUGCCCGUAACUUGUUUGAUAAAAUGUCUCUAAAGGGUUGUAAGCCAAAUGAGUAUAGUUUUGGGAUUUUGAUUGGUGGCUAUUGUAAAGAGGGUCUUGGUACUGAAGCAUCGCAGCUUUUCAAUGACAUGAGGAAUUCUGGGUGUUUGCCGAAUAGGGUAAUAUAUAACACUUUAAUUUCUUACUUUUGUAGGGAGUGUAAUAUCAAGGAAGCGAAUAGAUUGGAAGAGAAUAUGAUAAAGGAUGGUAUAUUUCCUGAUGUUGUUACUUACAAUUCAAAGAUUUCUGCUCUUUGUAGUAUGGCAAAGGUUAUUGAAGCUUCGAGAUUAUUUCUAGAUAUGCAAAAGAAGGAUGAGUUGGGGUUGCCUGAACCUAAUAUCAUCACGUUUAAUAUAAUGCUCGAAGGGUUUUAUAAGGUAGGGAUGUUGUUGGAAGCCGAGGACUUAGUUGAGACUAUGAAAAGAGAUGGUAUUUUCACAAAAUUGGAAAGUUAUAACAUUAGGUUGUCGGGUUUGGUGAGGAAUGGAAAGUUGUUAGAAGCAAGGCUGGUGCUGAAAGAUAUGUUUGAGACAGGCAUAACUCCAAACAUAUACUCCUAUAACAUCCUGAUUGACGGAUUAUGCAAAGAGGGUCUUGUCUCUGAUGCAAGAUCGGUGAUGGAUUUGAUGAGAAACAAUGGGAUUUCACCAGAUACAGUAACUUAUAGUGCUUUACUACAUGGUCAUUGCACUAAAGGGAAAAUAUUAGGAGCCAAUAGUGUAUUAAACGAGAUGGUGCAGUAUGGGUGUUUUCCUAACUCCUUCACUUGCAAUAUCUUGUUACAGAGUCUGUGGAGAGAAGGUAGAAUCUCAGAAGCAGAGAUAUUGCUGCAGAGGAUGUAUGAAAGAGGACACAGUUUAGAUACAGUGACUUGCAAUAUCGUGGUCGAUGGUCUAUGCAAAAGUGAGAAGUUAGACGAGGCAAUUAUGAUUGUAGAUGGAAUGUGGACCCGUGGAAGUGCUUCCCUUGGUGAUCUCGGAAACUCAUUUGUUGGGUUAGUAGAUAAUACUAAUAAUGGGAAGAAAUGUGUUCCUGACUUGAUCACAUAUUCCACCUUAAUCAAUGGGUUAUGCAAGGCUGGGAGGUUAGAUGAAGCUAAAAAGAAGUUCGUUGAGAUGAAGGCUAAGAAUGUGAGUCCUGAUUCAGUUGUCUACGAGACUUUUAUACACGGUUUCUGCAAUCAGGGAAAGAUCUCAUCUGCAAUUAGAGUUCUAAGGGACAUGGAGAAGAAGGGAUGCAAACUUAGUACUCAAACCUACAAUUCUUUGAUCUCAGGCUUAAGUAGCGAACAGAAGACAGAUGCAAUCUAUGAUCUCAUGAAGGAAAUGGAAAUGAAAGGAAUUUCUCCCGAUGUCUUCACUUAUAAUAACUUGAUUAGCUCUCUGUGCGAAGGAGGAAGAGCAACUGAUGCUACUUCAGUCCUGGACAAAAUGUUGAAGAAUCAUGUCUUUCCUAAUGUGUCUUCUUUUAAGUUAUUGAUCAGUGCGCUUUGUAAGACUCGCUAUUAUAGAGAAGCUCAGGAAGUAUUUGAUAUUGGUUUGAGUAUUUGUGGUCAUAAGGAAUCUCUUUAUGGAUUAAUAGUUAACGAGUUACUUGCUGGUAGAGAACUUUCAGAAGCUAAGGGGAUACUCGGAUCUGCAAUAGAUAGAGGCUUUGAUGUUGAGGUCUUCUCAUACAGAGAUCUGAUUAAGGACCUCUGCAAGGAAGGGAAAUUCGUGGAGGCCCGUAAGAUACUUGAUAAGUUGAUUGAGAAAGGUUAUGACUUUGACCCUGCAUCAUUUAUCCCGGUAAUUGAGGGAUUGGGCAAGGAAGGGAACAAACACGAGGCUGACAAACUUGCAAAGACUAUGAUGGGGAUGGAUUCAGAAGGAAGGAAGGACAGGAAGUUGUAUCAGAAAGGAUUUAACGACAAGAAAUUGAACAUUAGGAAGCUCAAGAAAGAUGGUUAUGGUGGGAAUCAAUGGCACACAAUAUUGCACAGAGAUGAUGGGAGUGGACUUGCAGUGAGAGUUCUUAAGCGGGUGCAGAAAGGUUGGGGCCAAGGAAGCAUAUCAAAUGUGCAGCCACAGAAGAAAGAAUUUCUUGACUACUGGGAGGAUACUUAACCAUUGAAAUUACCCUGGAUGAUAACUCAAGAAAUCUAUAAAGAUUCGGUCCAAAAUGGUUAAACCGAGAUUGAGACCAUGAGAAAGAUACAAGAAUCUUCGUUUUUAGGCUUUUGAUGCUAAGUAUUUGUUACUAGCAUGCUUUAAUUUACACCAGUCUAAAACUUGUGUUAUUAGUUCGAUUUCCUAAGGUUUCAAGGGAGAUGAAGCAUUUGCAUGUAUUGCUAAUCAUUCCGAUACCAUUUUUGAAGUCAAUAACACAGGUUCUUCUUUGACAAUGAAUAGUUACUCAAAAG